UAUCGCACACGGCACAAUGCACAUUGAAAUGCGUGAUGGUAGUUCGCACACCGUACAUAGUAAAUUGUGCCGCACCAAAUGUAAAUUAUGAUUCGUGUUUAAUAUAUUAUGUGCAUAAUUAUAAAAUUGUGAUCCUUUACCACACCAGUGCUCUCAAUGUUAUUACAAAUUCAUCUAAUAUUUGUAAAUUAUUAGAUUUCUAUAUAUAAUAUCACAUAAAAGUUUUCUAAAAUGACCCAAGAGAAUGAAUAUGUUUCGGAAUCUAAUCCGGAUAUUAAUAAUGAUUCAAAUGAAGUUACUACCAGACCAUACAGGGUCACAAUGGAAUUUCCAUUAUUUUUUACGAUUCUAUCAGUAUCGCUCUCAGGUGCAGCAAUAAGUAAUAUUCUACUGUACCGUACAUGUGUUCAUUCAUUGAACCAUACAACGGAAGAGUGUCAGGUAUUUUUGUCACCUGCAAGGAAUAACGGAUCCCAGGAAUUAGAGGAGCAGGUGCAAAAGUAUGCAGCAUUUGUGGCCACAGUUAGGACAAUACUUGAAUCGUUGGCUCCUGCAGUACUCUCUUUGUUUCUUGGUGUUUGGUCUGAUAAACAUGGACGCAAGCCUCUCAUUGUUUGGCCUUUAUUUGGAUUGUCAAUCAGUUUAGGCCUUACUGUAAUUUAUAGUAUGAUGGAGAACUUAGGACCUUGGUGGUUUAUAUUGACAGUCAUACCAAUGUCAAUAACAGGAGGCUUCACAGCAUUAUUUACUGGUGCAUUUUGUUACUUAAGCGACAUAACGACGAAAGAAACACGAUCUCUAAGGAUGACAAUAGUAGAGGCAUCUUUAUCAGUUGGCAGUGUUAUAGGCUCCCUGGCAAGUUCUUACUUACUGAGAGUGGUUGGGAAUGUCUAUUUAUUGUUGAUAACCACAUCACUAUGCGUAAUCGCUUAUGUGUUCACAAAUUGCUGUUUGGAGGAGUCUUUACCUGGUGUAACGAAGGGUGGAAUUAAAUCGGUAUUGGACUUCAAACUCAUCAAGGAAAUGAUAGCUGAAUGUUUCAAAAGGCGUCCAAAUUAUGGAAGAGCUCAAAUACUAUUGCUCACAGUAGCUAACAGUUUAUCCAUAUUCAUUAUGUAUGGGACGUUGAGUAUAGGGUACAUGUAUACUAGGAAGCAAUUACACUGGGCAAUACAGCAGUAUACAGUGUAUUCAGCUGCUCAUACUACGAUAGCUUUCUUCGGUUCGUUCAUUGGUGUCAUGCUAGUACAGAGAAUAUUCAAAGUUUCGGAUUUGGUGCUAUCCAUAAUUGCCUUUUUGUCGUCUGGCGUCGAAUAUGCGAUCAAGGCGUUCGCUGUCACGUCCUGGCAUAUGUAUUUGGCUGCGGGAGUAUCCCUAUUCAGAGAUCUAUCUUCUCCACUAAUUCGGUCUCUGAUAACCAAAAUCCUGCCGCCACAAGAUAUAGCCAAAGUAUUUGCUCUGAUGUGCGCUAUAGAAGGAAUAGCGCCUCUGAUCUCGCCUGUCAUUUAUAAUUCUUUAUACGCAUAUACAAUAUCGACGUUCCCUGGAGCUUUCUAUUUACUUUGCGCUGGGAUUACAGGGAUAUGUGUGACGUUCCUCGGGUUUGUGCAAUACUUCAGAUGGAAGACGAGCACUGUUGCUUAUCAGAAUUUGACGAGCGAGUGAGGAAUUUUGUCGCCAAGUGAUUCUCAUUCGCGAUAUUGAAGUACAUAUCACAUUAUUAAUAAUAUUAUAAUCUUGGCAUUUUCGUGAUACAUAAUAAAUAAAAAAUUAUCAUUAUUUUUGUAUACAUUAAAAGUAAAAACACUGUGAAUGUGAUGAAUUAUGAAUUUGUCAUGUAGGUUAACCAUAAUUAAAUGUAUAUUUUUAACUACAGCUACCCCUAAACCAGAAUCACAAAUGAUAAUACAUAGUGAUGAUCUCUCAGUUUAUAAUUUACUUCUUGAAUUUACUUUCAAGAAAAAAACUUUAUUUUGUGUUUAAUGCAAUCAUUGUUGUUUAUUUUCUGUGAUAUAGGAAAAGUUAAACUUGUCUCAAAAUAACGUUUGUGCGUAGCAAAGUACUGCUUAACUAAUAAGACUAAAACCUUGAAUGAAAAUUAAUUUACAUUCAUUUAAGAAUAGUAAAAUGACGUAUAACGUAGUACCUACUAUUUAAGAGGUUUCACUACGACUUUCUAGCUCAUGCUCAAUAAACUUGACCUGCAGAAAGACGUAGCUAGGCUCUAUGACAUCACAAAUUAUAAAGAUACUUAUUGUAAAUGAAUUUUAAAUUCAUGAAUUUUUAUUUUAUUUAUGUAUGUAGUUACUUACCUAUAUUAUGAUCACAUUUUGUUAAUCUUAUUUCCCUACAAUAUAAAAUGUGUUUUUUUUAAUGAUUUACGUCUGUAAUCUAGGUACCUAGAAUAUUUUAUAUAUCUAUAUUUAGCUAUAUGUAAUUACCUAAGGGUGAAUGACUGAUAAACCUAUUGUCUUUGUAUUAUUUAUAAACCAGUGCUAAUUCUAUAAACCAGUCACGAAGUAUCUAGACCAAGAAUGAAUUAUGAUUGAUUUAGUCUCUUGUAAUAGGACAAUAAAAGAAAAGAAAUCCAUGUUAGCCGAAAUCCAUGCCAUAUUUUUCAUUUGCCGCCUAAUUGUUGUUCAAUUAAGAAUAACAAUAUAGAAAAUAAUAACAUAGGUAAGUUCUUACAUAUCGCCCACAUGAAUGGACGCCUUAUUACUGAAAAUAAAGUACUUAUAUAUUUUUAGAAACUAACAUAAAAAUGGUGCUUUUUGUAAUUUUUUUACUCAAUCAUUUUGUGAUACGUAAUUAUAAGUUUAUACACAAUAAAAUAUGCAAACAUUA